AUGUCGUAUGUCGUAACUAAAUAUGCAUCACGUGAUGCGACAUUUAUUGAUGGGAAAAUUUUUGGCAACGAAACGAAACGGAGAAAGAAAAAUUAUCACCAACAUGACAAAACCCUAACCCAUUUUAUCAGUAUAAUCCCUCCCCCCAAUCAGACAGGACAGGACAGGAUAGAUAUUACUAAAAUGAAACUUAAUUUAUAUAUAAUUGUUAGUUAUUUCUUAUGUCUAACGUCGGCUGUAUUGGUCAAUGAAGCAUUUGGGUCACGUGAAGCAGUCAAUUAUUUAUAUGGGCAAGAUUUAAAGAAUUUCCAUUUAUUGAAGAAUAAUAUUCUUGUUGUUACCAAUUCAUUUGAUCAAUUAUUAGGAAUUGAUGUGAUUCAUGAUGAUUCAAUUUUAUGGAAGAUUCAAUUAAAUGAUUUGAAAAGUAAUAAAAUAGUAUCAACUGAUUCUAAAAUCUUUGUUUAUGGUUCAACUUAUGAAAUUUUUCAAAUUGAUUAUCAUGGUCAUUUGGAAAUUAUUGAUAUUGGAUCAAUACCUAAAAAAUUAUAUGGUAUUAAAAAUGGGAUUUUAAUUAUUGAUUCAGAAAAUAAUUUGAAAUAUUAUGAUAGUGAUAAAAAAAUUUUGCCUAUUCAAUCAGAUGUAUCAUUUAUACGUGUUGAUCAAGAUUUAAGUGGUACUUUUGUUAUUAUUAAUGAUAAAAAAUUGAUUAAAUUUUCCAAAAUUGGUAAAAUAUUAUAUUCAAUUGAUUUAGCUGUUGGAUCAAUUAAAGAAUUUAAAUCAGGUAUAAUCUUGACUGAAAAUGAUCAAAUUUUCAAAUUCAAUGAACAUGACAAGGCAUUCAAAAGAAUUGAAAAUGAUUCUUUUAAAAAUUUGGUAAUUAUUGAUAAAGAUAAUUUAUAUUCUACAUUAUCUGAAUCUUUACAAUUGAUUAGAAUUAAAGAUAAAGCUGCCACUUUGGUUGAUGUUAUCAAAGUCAAGACAAACUCUAAAAUUGAUUUAUUUUCUACUCCAUUGAAUGAAUUUAUUGGUAUUUCUAAUGGUAAUAUUAAAGAUUUUUAUGAUUUAACUGAUUUUAUUGAAACUAAGGAUUCAAAAAGUAUCAAACAUUUUAUUUUCAAAGUAGCUAAAGAUUUCCCAUACAAUUUUAUCACUAUUGAAGACAAUCAAUUGAAUCUUUUAUCCAUGGAUACUAACUUGUUUGGAGAAUUGUUCAACUUGGCUGAUGGAUUGAAAGUUAAGAAUAUCACACCAAAAUAUCAUCAAUAUUCAUCAAAGCUGAAUAAAUAUUUGAUUAUUGAUGAACCAGAAUCAGAAUUGGCUAAAAGUGAAUAUGAACUUAUUUUACAUGAAUCAGAUAGCAAAUUCAUCUUGACAAAUUGGGUUCAUAGAGUUGUUAGACAUUUGGGUGAAUUGGGUAGAUUUAUCACUAGUCUUGAUUACAAGAAUUUGUUUACUUCACAAGUUGACUCUAUUAAAUUUGUUAAAUUGAUUGUUUUCUACGAUGAAGAUCAUCGUAAAUUAGUUUCUGUUAAAUCCAAUAACUUUGAUAUUGCCUGGGAAUUGCCAAUCAAUAAAAGUGGGGAUUUUAUUGCCUUGGCCCAAACUGGAAAUGAGGAAAUCACUAUCGUGUUCAAAUCUUUAAUUGUUAAAGUCAAUUCUAGAAACGGUACUGUUAUUGACCAGAAACCAAAUGAUGGUGGGUACACUGAUGUAUUCCAAGUUCAAGAUGCUUUGGCUUUUGAAAACAAAAACGGGUUUACUUUAGUUGGAAAUCUUACAGAAAAUGUUUAUUUCAGAAAAGCAAUCAACAACGAUGAAAUUGUUGGAUAUGUUAUUUCUCCAGGAUCAACUAAAUCUGCACAAACAUGGUCAUACAAGUUUGAUGCACAAAUAGUUUCUUGGACAAACAUUCCUGCUGAUUCCACUACAUCUUCUUUAGGUAUACCGUUGGCUAAUAAAUCAGUAUUGUACAAAUACUUGAACCCAAAUACUAUUUCCGUUUUGACAUUCAAAGAUGGUGUAUUGAAAUUUUAUUUGAUUGAUGGUAUUAGUGGUAACUUGUUGUACAGUCAAACACACAAUUCAGGAGAAACUAUUGACCCAACCUCAGUUAAUCUUAUUAUGGAUGAUAAUUGGAUUAUUUAUUCCUAUUUCACUAUUCAACCAAGAUUAGAACAAAGAAUUAAUGUUAUAGAUUUGUUUGAUUCAGAAUAUUCCCCAGAUGCUAAUAAGAGUUCUAUCAAUGUGGCUAAAUUUUCUGCUAAAUCGUUUGUCUAUCCAGAAAGAAUUUUGAAUUUACAAAAUACUAGAUCAGUUUAUGGUAUUACAUUGAAAUCAAUUGUUGCCUUGACAGAACUGGGUAAUUUAAUUGAAAUUCCUAAAUUCAUAUUGAAUAGUAGAAGACCAGAAAAUGAUGUUAAUAAAGAAGAAUAUGCUAACGAUUUCAAUAUGGUUCCUUAUGAUCCAAUUAUUGCUAAAACUAAUUUACAAAUAUUAAAUCAUAAAUAUCAAUUGAAAAAUAAUGGAGAAAUCUUGAUUAAACCAACUUCUUUUGAAUCAACAUCAGUUAUUUGUUUCUUUAAUAAUGAGAAUCAAUAUUGUGGUUUAAUUCAACCUUCUAAUUCAUUUGAUUUAUUAAGUCAAGGGUUUGAUAAAGUUAAAUUAUUGAUUACAAUUGGUAUUUUAUUAAUUGGGUUCAUUGCUUCAAAACCAUUUGUUUUCAACAAGAAACUCAAUGCUCAAUGGUUAGACCGUAAAUAG